AGAUGCAAAAGCACUUCCUACUUCUGCAUCAUCCCGCAUGAUUUGCGCACAAAGUCAACCUGAUACAUUACUGAUACGCAGCCAGCAUUAAGUAGCCUGCGGAAGCGCCUCGCUUGGUGAAUUCAUGAUUGGAAAGCCAAAAGCAGGUUGGAUGCAGCUUGAGAUGCUUCACUUUGCUGCAGAUCUCACACACAAGUUAGAGUCGGUCUGACAACAGGAAACGAGACGAGCUGUGCGCUUUCAACGGCUGAAACCUGCGUCGUUAGAGGGCAGCAGUGUAUUCCAGAGAUUCCUCUACCAUUGAAUAGCUGUGCCCCAUGAGUCCUGGCUGUGUGUGAGCUGAGGGGAUGGAGAACCCCUCCCCCACCGUGAGGCGUCGAGCCUGGAUCCACAGCAGCCGACAAUGGCUCACCCUGGAGGAGCUGGACCCCCAGGACUCACCGUGUGACCUCCCCUUUGCCUCCCAAGCCUCUAUAGCAGACGACGAUGUCUUCUCAGAUGGAUGCUCCACAGGAAAGAUUGAGAGCUGGCUCCUGGGUUGUGGGUUGGAGGAGAGCUCAGAAAACGCCGGUCACCUGAGUGUUGAGUCUUUGCUGAAGGCCAGCAGCUUUGAGGAUGACCUGAGUCUUGGUGCUGAUGCUUCUCAAUUAAAUGUUGGAGACAUUAAAACCAAAAUUGGCCUCCCGCUGCUUCCUCCAGCCAAACCACGCAGCAGGAGAGUCACCAGUACGCCUCGUCAGACGCUGAGUCUGCCCUCGCUGAACAUGGGCCACAGCAUGGCCUCCAGCUGCCUCUCCUCCUCCACCUGCAAAACGACAUCAACUGUUUCUGAGGUCCUGCAGAUGUGUUCGGAGGAUGCAGAGGAGACUCUGUACCAGCUUGGUUUUGGAUGUGAUGUGCCACAGGCGGCUGCACGCAUCCCCUCCCGCUUCCUCACCUUCCCCUCCCAGCUGCAGGGCAUCAACUUCCGCCUGUUCCUGGAGUCGCAGCUCCGGCGGAUACGAGAAGAAGACCCCAACCUCUCUCUUGCCAGUCGUUUCAGACAGGUGGAAGUACUCACAGCGAUGGCCAAUACCCUGUACUCCCUCUACUCCCAUGUGUCACGCACCCCUCUCCAGAAACUGGCCCCACCAGAGUUCACCUUCUCCUCUUCUCCCGUGGAGAGGAUCGGGCGCUUCAGGAGCAGCGUUAAGAGUGAGCCGCGCUCCCCAGUGGAGAGGCUGAAGGACACCGUCUCCAAGAUGUGCCUCUACACAGGCUCUCCCCGUGGGUCAGACUCCACCUCCCCACAGCCCUCACCCAGGAAAAGGUCCAGCCUUCCUGAUGUUGUGGGAGUAGUCGUGGAUGGUACCAAAACGGGGGCCUCCAAGAAGCUGGAUCUGUCCGAGCAUAAGUCAGCUGCGGAUAUUAGUCCAAUCAGGGGUGGGAUAAAGGAGCAAAUGCACCAGACCAGUGUGGAUAUAAGCAGACUCCAGCAGGGUGAUAAAGAUUGCCAUACGGACAGUAAACAAACAGAUACGCUUGAGGCUAAUGGGAACAGAGUCAAACCAUCUGACCCUGACAGCAGGACUCACAUCUUAACAGCAUCUGUGGCGACAUCAUUAUCAGAGCAAACUGUGACAGAGACGGAUCAUCAGCGCCUUCUGUGUCAGCCAGAGCUGGACUGUGGCUUAACGCAAAGUUUGAUCUGUGAAACGGCUCAAAAUAACAGUACAAGGCCAGCCAACUUGAUCCCUGUUGCCAAGGUUACCUAUGAUGUAAUCUGCCCUCAGAUUGUUGAGAGCGUGCACCAGGCGCCUUUCUGCUGUCAGCAGACACACACCGUUGAAUCAGGCGGUUCACCUCACAGCUCCUCUGAGGGGCAGAGACGUCCUGACAGAUCAAGUUCUGGUUCACAGGGACUGCACACGUCCGGUGGACCGUUAGCAAAGGACGCUGCUGUCUCUGACGCUGAGGAGGACUCUUGUUCAGGGAAAACUGGACAGGUGGGCGCCACCAGUAGCACAUGCUCACCGUACUGUAUCACUGUGACGGGCUGGGAGGGUGAUGAUGUUUCCUCCCGUUCCUUGAACGCACCAGAUUCCGUCAAUAGUCCAGCCGCCCUCUCUGUCCAGACUGUUGAGCUGUCUUUUAGCCAGGGGAGCGACCGCUUCCUAAGCCCGCUGAAACAUCAAACUCUGGGACAUUUCUCCAGUCACCUCCAACCUGUUAACUCCUUUGAGCUGGAGGAGGUGCACAGUGCAGGAGAGGAAGAUUCUGGACAGUCAGAAACGACAGGAGCCUCACCGUUGUCCACAAAACAGCCACACAAAGGUGUGGUGGUCCGGGGGGACAGCAUGCAGUCAGACAGCAGUGGCUACGCUGAUGAAGACGUCAGCCCUGCCUCAGACAGACACGGCAGAAACACAAAGCCGCUCGUCAUUGAACUUCACAGUGAAAUGAAAUGCUGUUAGAUAUAAUAUGUGUGACGCCUGUGGAUUUAUGUGUGAUUUCAAGUUUUGAAUUUACAAAACUAAGGAUCUUGGUGUUGUACUGAACAAGAGGCCUUAAGGAAAAUGGACCCAAAAGAAGAACUCAUAAUACUGGAAGGCACUUUGUACUGACACACUCAUGUAAUUGUAAGGUAUCCACCAGCCCAACCAAACAAUACCAUAUCAAAGACUUACACGAGCUCUACACUGAAGAGAGUCUAUGGUUAUUUUCUAUGAGGAAAACUUGUUUAUUCAUUCAGAAUAUGCACAGCAUGAGCUUUUGUUGCAAACCAGUGGACAUAAAUCUGCUCAAAGGCCUUGAUAGCACUGUGUGAAUGGGAAUGUUAUUUAAA